AUGCUGAUUAAAUUCGAGACGCACCCUGAGGGCGUUUGUUUGCAGCGUCGCGGGCGCCACGCGCGCGUGCAUGUGUGGCACAAUGCGUGCGUGCCUCGUUUUCCGUUUCCGCCGACUCUGUGGCGGAACGGAGAGGGUCGUGCCGGCGCAGGCAGACUGGUGGGCGGCAGUGGAGGAGGCGGUGGGGCGGGCGGGCGAGCGGACGCGGCCGCUACAAAAAGGGCCGCAGACUUGGAGGACCUCACUCUCGCCCAAUCCACCGCUGAAACCCCUACCUUCCAACUCGACAUCACACAGGAAAUGCGUAGUGCGGUGCUGGUGCAGGUGGUGGUGUUGGUGGCCGUGGCGGUGGUCGUCUGUGAGGGGCAACAGCGGCCACUCGGAGACAACGGGCCGCUGGGUUCGGCGCUGCUGCAGCGACACGCCAAGGUGGCACGCACCAUCAGGGGCUUCAAGAACAUGGCCCUCUCGACGGCCAGGGGCUUCGGCAAGCGCGCGCCGCCCAAUGCCGACUACGCCCCGGCCCCGCAGCAGCAGCAACAGCAAGAGUUGCCAGUGGAGUGGCUGGCGGCGCAGCUGAGCGCGAACCCUGAGGUGGCGCGGGCCAUCCUGCGCCGCUUCGUGGACGCCGACCACAACGAGCGGCUGUCGGCCGAGGAGCUGAUGCAGCAGCAGUGAGAGGAGCAGCCCGCCCGCCCGUCGCCGCCGCCGCUGACCAACAAUCGAGCUAACCAACAACAAUAAAAAGAAUUCUCUCAGGGGGGUCGAGGGGACGCGCGCCGGGCCGGCUGAGGAAGCGUCCGAUCCCUGCGCGGAUCCGUCGCUUCGUCCGACGCGCGCCCCCUUUCGCAGCCUGUGACGCAAUAAACCGUCUCCCCAACCCCCCUUCACCCCCCCAACCACCUCUCGAUGUCUUGUCCGCAAAACGGAAUAUUUCAUCCUCUCAAAACAAGUGCAAUUUCCUGAUUUUCUGCGUCUCUCCAUCCUCAGUCUGUGUCUCCGCAUGUUCGCUUCGUUUAUCGAUCAAUAAAAGUGUCUAGCACAGUUUAUCUUUAUUUAACA